AUGAAGGGCGUUACUCGAGGAAUUAUACUCGUUCUUCUCGCGGUUUUUGCUGUUAUAAAAGCAGAAACAUCGGCUGAGGAGAGUGUUGCACCUCAUGAAAACACUCUCAUUGGGAUCAAUAAUGCUGAAGAUGUAGCUGAAAAUCCUGUAGAAGAUGACCGGGAAGAUGAAAGGAUCCCCACGCAAGAGGACAAAGGUAAAACCUUGAAGCUUGACCAUUUCAGGACAACGUUUUGUUAGAUAAUUUCUCACACUUGGCACUGCAAUUCACUUCAUCUGUAUUAUCAACCUGGUCUUCUAUUCAUAUUAAUUCCCGGUGUCCUCUUAGUUACAAGGUUUUUUUUAUAGUUUAGUUUGAACAUUCAAAGAAAAAGAAUACUGCUUUCUCUGACGGAGAAAUUACACAUCGCAAACCUUUUUUGUUCAAAUAGUCCAGACAAUAAGCAUGAAUGAGAACUAAGAAGCAAGUGACUUUUCCAUCGGAAAAACCAACCAAAUUGUCCACAAAGUUUUGGCAAGCGUCUUCGUGUCGGCGUUUAAUUUUCCGAACAGAAAAAAGUCCUUUAUUGGACUCGCUAAUGUAGCCUCUGCAUGGGCCUUAUAAAAUUAAACCAUGAGAACAAAAGUUCAAUCACUCUUAAAUAGUUCAGUACAAAUUGUAAAAUCUACUUGUUAGGUGGUUUUUUCCCUCAUGAUCAGUUCAUUGAUUAAUCAUUUAUUCAGUUUGUUGAAUUUUUGUUUUAAUUACAUCAUUCAGAAACAGACGACGAAAAUUGGGAAACACAACAAGAUCAAUUCAACGAAGAAGCAGCUGGCGAGGAAAAUGCUGAGUCUGACGAGGAAAACAGCUUACUCACAGGUAUUAUUUGAGCAAAAGUACAGCAUUCUCAACUUCCCGUUUAAUUUGUUCCCACUAAAUUAAAACUUCCUUUAGUGCGUGAAGUCAGUGCGCUUUCGCAGUGACCCCAGGAGAUUGUUCCAGAUCCCCAAUAAUUACAUGGUAUCUUCCCCUUCUUGAUUAAAAGAUGGUUGCGAUUGUAGAACAUAAAAGGCGCCUCUAUGCCUCUAGUGAACCACUCUUAUUCCUUCAAUUUCAGGUUUGAAGUUUUUGCAGGAAUUUGAGCAAAAGCUGCACAUACACUGAUUAAAAGAUGUUUAACGGGCUUGAUUCGGGAGGGCUGCCCUUAUUAAUGCUUGCAUUUUCGGAGUUUAAAUAGCUCUCUUAUUAUUUUAUUCACUGUUUACUGAUGACCCAUUUACAGGAGCCGAGGAUGAAGAUGAAGAAGUUUAUGACCAAGAAGAGGAGGAAGAAGCAGGACAGAAUGAAGAAGAUUAUGCGGAAGAACAAGCUGCUGACUCUGAUGACGAAAACAGCGCGCUCAUGGGUAAAGGUCAGAAGAGUAGUUGUACUCAGUACGCUUCAUUACCUACCGUACAUACCUUGCCGUACAUUUUGUAGGUAACUCAAAUCAAACAAAACAAUAAUGGCUUUUAUUUACUCUCAGUUUUCUGGUAUAUAUUUAUACACUGAAGAGAUGUCAUGCCUUAUUAAUGUGUGCAUUCACUUUUCUGAGUUGAAAUAGCUCUCUUAUGAUUUUAUUACCUCUUUACUGAUGACCCAUUUACAGAAGCCCAGGAUGAAGAUGAAGAAGUUUAUGACGAAGAAAAGGAGGACGAAGCAGAACAGGAUGAAAAAGAUUAUGCGGAAGAACAAGCUGCUGACGCUGAUGACGAAAACAGCCCUCUCAUGGGUAAGUCAGAAAAGUAGUUGUACUCAGUACGCUUCAUUACCUUAACUCAAAUCAAACAAAACAAUAAUGGCUUUUAUUUACUCUCAGUUUGCUGAAAUAUACUUAUACACUGACGAGAUGUCAUGCCUUAUUAAUGUGUGCAUUCAUUUUUCUGAGUUGAAAUAGCUCUCUCAUGAUUUUAUUACCUGUUUACUGAUGACCCAUUUACAGAAGCCCAGGAUGAAGAUGAAGAAGUUUAUGAUGAAGAAAAGGAGGACGAAGCAGGACAGGACGAAGAAGAUUAUGAGGAAGAACAAGCUGCUGACGCUGAUGACGAAAACAGCCCUCUCAUGGGUAAGUCAGAAGAGUAGUUGUACUCAGUACUCUUCAUUACUUGCCGUACAUACCUUAAGGUAGAUUUUGUGGGUACCGUAUUUCCUCAAAUAAUAGCCAGGGUCGAUUAUUUCUUUUUCCGCACAAAAAGGGGGCGAUUAUUCGAGGGAAGGCGAUUAUUUGAGGGAGGUGAUUAUUUCAAAUAUUGCCCACUGGAAAUCGUGCGCUAAAUAUUUUUUAUCAUGCCAUUAAAUCAGAAAAUAAUCACAUCAAAUUAAUAUAUAACUGAACAUAGGCUUUUUAGGUGUUCCAAAUUUAGUUCCUUGAUUAAAUUUCAUAGCUUGAAUCGUCACUGAUCAGUUUUGCUGAAUCCUAUUGCACUUACACUUGACAGGGGGGAGGGCGAUUAUUCGAGGGAGGCGCUUAUUUUAAAUAUCUCCGUUCAAGGGGGGCGAUUAUUCGACUGAGCGAGGCGAGUAAUCGAAGGACGGCUAUUAUUUGAGGAACGGUAACUUCAAUCAACGGCUUUUAUUUACUCUCAGUUUAUACUAAAGAGGUGUCAUGACCUUACAUGGUAUAUGGUUCAAACAUUUCAAUUAUGAGAUAAGAUUCGACCAAAUCAGUUAAAUUUGCUGUUAAGUUUCAAUUUUGAAAAAAAAUCUUCUUUUUCAAUAUAUAUAUUGACUAGAAGAGCCAGAUUGUAUAGCCAAUACUCUUUCCUACUACAAACGACAUCAUGUUUUGCUUUCGACUUUAAUCUUUUUUGUUGCUACCACCGGCUAUCUACAUGUACUAAGUGGUGCAAAAAAUUAACUGCUUUCGAAUUUUGCUUUUUUCAAAUGACCCUAUUUCUUCACAGAAUCUAGCGAGAAAGCUGAUGAAGAUCUGCUAAAAAGCAACACGCCGGUUGCGUCGCGCUGUGGUAUAUACAACCAAAUCACCCAAAAGUGCUGUUUCGGACGUAAAAUAUCCAGGUUUUUCCCCUGCCGUCCUCGACUGAGAUGCGGUUUUGCCUACUACAACCCACGGACCCAAAAGUGCUGUAACCGUAGAGUGAUCUCCAGGUUUCUCCCUUGCCGUCCUCGACUGAGAUGCGGUUUAGCCUACUACAACCCACGGACCCAAAAGUGCUGUAACCGUAGAGUGAUCUCCAGGUUUGUCCCCUGCCGUCCUCGACUGAGAUGCGGUUUUGCCUACUACAACCCACGGACCCAAAAGUGCUGUAACCGUAGAGUUAUCUCCAGGUUUGUCCCCUGCCGUCCUCGACUGAGAUGCGGUUUUGCCUACUACAACCCACGGACCCAAAAGUGCUGUAACCGUAGAGUUAUCUCCAGGUUUGUCCCCUGCCGUCCUCAACUGAGAUGCGGUUUUGCCUACUACAACCCGCGGACCCAAAAGUGCUGUAACCGUAGGGUGAUCUCAAGGUUUGUCCCAUGCCGUCCUCGACUGAGAUGCGGUUUUUCCUACUACAACCCACGGACCCAAAAGUGCUGUAACCGUAGAGUGAUCUCCAGGUUUGUCCCCUGCCGUCCUCGACUGAGAUGUGGUUUAGCCUACUACAACCCACGGACCCAAAAGUGCUGUAACCGUAGAGUGAUCUCCAAGUUUGUCCCCUGCCGUCCUCGACUGAGAUGCGGUUUAGCCUACUACAACCCACGGACCCAAAAGUGCUGUAACCUUAGAGUGAUCUCCAGGUUUGUUCCCUGCCGUCCUCGACUGAGAUGCGGUUUAGCCUACUACAACCCACGGACCCAAAAGUGCUGCAACCGUAAAGUGAUCUCCAAGUUUCUCCCCUGCCGUCCUCGACUGAGAUGCGGUUUUGCCUUCUACAACCCACGGACCCAAAAGUGCUGUAACCGUAGAGUGAUCUCCAAGUUUGUCCCCUGCCGUCUUCGACUGAGAUGCGGUUUUGCCUACUACAACCCACGGACCCAUAAGUGCUGUUAUAGGCCCACACAUGUUGUACUUAAGUAUGCCUCUUGCCGUCGUCGCGGUUAG